AUGGCGGAGGUGAACAUGCUGGGCACGCUGCGCCACCCCAACCUAGUGACGCUCAUAGGCUACUGCAUGGAGGGUGGCUCGCGCCUGCUCGUCUACGAGCUCAUGGAGCGCGGCUCGCUCGACCACUACCUCUUCUCAGACGUGGGCACCCCGCUGCCAUGGGGCCUGCGCAUGCGCAUAGCACUGGGCGUGGCGCAGUGCCUGGUGUACCUGCAUGAGAACCCCCACCGCCCCAUCAUCUACCGCGACCUCAAAGCCGCCAACGUGCUGCUGGAUAAGGAUUUCAACCCCAAGCUGGCGGACUUUGGGCUGGCCAAGGACGGCCCGGUGGGGGAUAAGACGCACGUGACCACUCAGGUGGUGGGCACGUACGGGUAUGCCGACCCCGACUACCUCUUCACUGGCCAUCUGACUCCCAAGAGCGAUGUGUACGGCUUCGGAGUGCUGCUUCUAGAGCUUCUAUCGGGCCGGCAAGCCAGCGACUUCCCCACAGAUGAGGAGGAUGAGUCCAGGAAGCAAAGCAGGACCCGGGGCAACAGCGAGGUGAUGGACGCCGAAGCAGGGGACGAGGACGACGAGGAGGAGGAUGAGGGCGACUUGUUGGAAUGGGCCGAGCCUAUGCUGGCGGAUCGGAAGCGCGUGGAGGAGGUGAUGGAUCCCAGGCUCGGGAGGGAGUGGCCGGCGCGGGGGGUUCAGAAGGCGGCGCUGCUGGUGCUGCAUUGCACGGCGCGGAACCCGUAUGAGCGCCCGAUGAUGAGCAGUGUGGUUAAGACGCUGCGGAAGGCAGCGCUGCUGGUGCUGCACUGCACGGCGAGAAACCCGUAUGAGCGCCCGAUGAUGAGUAGUGUGGUGAAGACGCUGCGGGUGAUGCAGCACGCGUACACGUGGCCGCCCGCUGCUUCGGGGGGCGAUGCUGGUGGUGGUGGUGGUGGGACCACACCCUGA